GUAGCGCGCUGUGGGAAUGAAAGGGAGGAGAGCAUCCUCUCCCGUUGUUCUCGCUGCCGGUAGCGUAAACGCGUGCGUAAAGUUGCUUGUUUGGACACACACCGGCUGCGUUUGUGGACCGAACCACUGGUUAUCGUGUGUUUGAGAAGUGAAAUCAGAUGUGGUUUGGUCCUGAGAACGCUGCGACGGCUCAGUGAAAGGUCUCGCAAGUAUCUCAGUCCGUCAGACGAUCACCACGAGUCCGAACGAGGCGGAGAAGAAAAAAAGGAGGGGGGGAAUCGGCAGAAGCAGACAAUGCGGUUUUGCGGUGCGUCCUUUCCUCUGUAACAUUUACAGCCACAUCCACGAAUAGAUGAUGUGAAGAUGUGGGAGAGGAAUUCCUCGUGAUUUAAUUCUCUUUUUGCAUUUUUUUUAAUUCGCUCUGUACACCUUUCGUUGCGUUUUGAUUGGGAACAAAAGCAGAGAUGAAAUUUCCAAUAGAAAACCCGAGAAAACAAGUUAACUGGGACCCUGAACAAGUGGCGGUCCAGACCAACUUGGCCCCUCCCAAAAAGGUCCAGCCUGGCAUGACAAAAUCAAGUCUUGUUCAGGCCAGUGUUGCCACCAUGCAGAACCCGAUGGGCUGCGACCCAAAGGCCAACGGUCACUGUCCACUGCCGCGCCUGUCCAUCUCCUCCCGCUCUGCCAGCGUCGUGGCCAGCAUGGAUGCCAACUGUGACAGCGCGGCCGCGGCUCUCCACUCUGUAAUGAAGUGGAAGACGGUGCUGGCGGUGUUCGUCGUGGUCGUUCUCUACCUGGUUUGUGGGGCUCUGGCAUUCAGGGCACUGGAGAUGCCAUUCGAGAGCAGCCAGAAGAACAGCUUCACCCUGGAGAAGGCUUCGUUCCUGAAGAGACACCCCUAUGUUAUUCCUGAUGAGCUGGAUGCAAUCAUCAAGCAUGCCAUAGAUGCCAUGAGUGCAGGAGUGAGACCCACUGGAGACACAUCCUACAAUUCCAGUCACUGGGACCUGGGCAGUUCCUUCUUCUUCGCUGGAACUGUCAUCACAACCAUAGGUUAUGGAAACAUAGCUCCGAGCACGGAAGGCGGGAAAAUCUUUUGCAUUCUUUAUGCCAUAUUUGGCAUUCCUCUCUUUGGCUUCUUGUUGGCGGGGAUUGGAGACCAGCUGGGGACCAUCUUUGUGAAAAGUAUCUUGAGAGUUGAGAAGAUAUUCAGGCAAAAACACAAACAGAUCAGUCAGACUAAGAUCAGAGUGACGUCCACCAUCCUGUUUAUCCUGGCCGGCUGCAUCGUCUUCGUCACCAUCCCAGCUGUCAUCUUUAAACACAUUGAGGGUUGGACCACACUAGAGGCCAUCUACUUUGUAGUGAUUACUCUGACCACAGUGGGAAUAGGAGACUAUGUGGCAGGUGGGAACCGUGGGAUUGACUACAUGCAGUGGUACAAGCCGCUGGUGUGGUUCUGGAUCUUGGUGGGCUUGGCAUACUUUGCGGCUGUCCUCAGCAUGAUUGGAGACUGGCUUCGAGUGCUGUCUAAAAAGACCAAAGAGGAGGUUGGGGAGUUCAAAGCUCAUGCAGCUGAGUGGAAGGCAAAUGUACGGGCAGAGUUCCGUGAAACGCGGCGGCGCCUGAGUGUUGAGAUCCAUGACAAGCUCCAGCGGGCCGCCACCAUCCGCAGCAUGGAGCGCCGUCAGCUCGGCCUGGAGCAGCGAGCUCACUCUCUCGACAUGCUGUCCCCAGAGAAGCGGGCCAUGCUGGCCAGCCUGGACGCUGGCCGUUUCAAGACUUCCUCCCAGGAAAGCAUCGACACCAAGCUUAACAACCUGAGGCUGAGGGGGGCCUGUGAAUUGUACGAACAUCAGGGGGGUGAGCAAACGGAACAGACGGCGUCUUCCUCAGAGGAGAAUCUCUUCAACCUACGGUUCGGAUCCCUCACCAAACUGGCCAGACGCAACAAGAGCCGUGAGCUUCGAAGGAACAUCCCUGAAGAUGUUCGACGUGCGAGCCUGGGCGUAAGCAAUGGCAGUGCCAUGCUGGGGGAGGAGAGGACAGAGGAGGAAGAAGAUGGGGAGCCACAUGAGGAAAACACAGAAAGGAAAGAGAGAAACAUCAGUCUGACAAACCUGUCGCAGUACACGAUGGAGCGCACCAAGUUGAAUGGGUACACACCAGCACAGGCCAAAGAUAGAGAGAGCGAUUAGGUAUUGAAUGGAGGAGGACUUCAGCCAUAGAUGAGGAGUGUAGAGACAGAGAGAGAGAGAUAAAACUCAGACAGAGUCAGAAUGAGAGUGCACAGUCCUUUGAGAUGUCAAGAAAUGUGCCUUCCUGUUUCCUAUGCUUAGAUUGGAACUGCUCCCAGGAAAUUCAGUCAUCGUGCCAUAGCCAUGGGAAGAAAAUGUGUUGCCAAAAAAUGAGUAAAACUGAAAAGACAGAAGAGGCUGUAGUUAAAAUACCUCAUCAUGGAUGUUACUGUACAACAGGCUACUCAAGAACUGUAACUGCUAAAGGAGCUUUCCAGCUCUGUUGUCUUUCAGCCCUCUUGGCUCUAAUGGGUCACUUGGGCAAAGACCGUCUAUUCAUGUAGAGUCUUAUUUUUUAACAAUGUGGGCGGGACAUGCAGAGAGAUAGAUUUGUGUCAUCCAUCUCCAGAAACAUUAUCGAUCUCUGCUUUGUCAUCUCAUAACACGGGGGCUAUUUUUAGCUCAGCAGACUGCUUCAAAAGGACUUCAGCAUUUAACGAAUGGAGAGUGGGAGGUUGUGUUUCUGCUGGAUCAAUAGACAAUACGAGCAUUUACCUAGCUGACAUGUACAAUUAUUCCUACAUGGUAUGUGACUUUGAAAAUGUAGCCUUAGGAUAUAAACAACCACAUGCUAAGAGCUUAUGAAAAAAAAUAACCAAACCCUUCAUCUUGAUAGUGCAUGGUUCUUAAAACACAACCAAUGCAGUUAAUUGACGUAAACUAACUUAAAAGCUUGGAGUUACAGCUGUAAUAAUGUCUCUUUUUGUUCUAAUGAAAUGAAAUGUACUGCUCUCAGCCACCAUUUUCUUAAAAGAGAAUCAACACAGUGCUGGAAUCCACCUGGUAAAGACACAACUAAUCACCUUUGGCCACGAGAUUGUCAGAAAUGUUGAGUUUUGAACUUUUUAAAAUUUUGUAUAUGACAUUCACAUCAUCACAAAUUCUCAUGAGACUGCUUAAAUGACAUUUUAAAUUACUGAAUGUGAUGCUAUUGAUUUUGUACUCACCCAGCAUGUUUGCAUCUGUGUUUACUCCGUUUUUUAUUAGCCAAGCAAUUGAGUUGUAUUUCCCAUUGACCUGUAAAAUAUGAACUAAAUAUAUCAUGCUUCCUUUUUGUAUUUAUUUUUUCUGGAACACAUCUUGUAGUUCAUAGAGGUUAACUCACCAAAAUGUUGGACAUGAUCAUGAUGUUCUUUUGCAUUUUACAAACAGGUACUGACAUGACAGCCUACUUAAAAUUUUUCUGAAUUAUUAAAUGUAUGUGCUUUGCAUGCAUUUUUACAGCACACAGACACAGACACACACACACACACAGACACACACACAGUGGUUGUACUGAUAACCUGUUUAACCUUUCCAUGACCAUGACCUGUGAAGAGCUUGUUGUGUACAGUUUAUUUUAUGAACAGAUCACAUUAAAUGUAGUGAGUGCCUUUUUCCAGAUAAUAAAGACGACAAAAGAAAUUUUAAAAAGUGGUAAUUGCUAUAUUAAUGACAACAUUACCAUGUUAAAUCAAUACAUGCUAGAGGUAUUGCAGGGCGUAUAAGAAGGACAUUGCUUUUCCAAAACUUGCUUGAAUUAAAGCCUUCAUAAGCAUUUUACACAGCAGACAUUUUGACUCACCAAAAUGAGAAACCCACAGGUAAUAACAUUAGCUAUGGCUACCAGGACCCUGAAACUGAAGCUUAAAUGGAAUCCAGCCAUCACUAAUUUACAUUAUUUACACCUGUAGUUUUCCUAUCGUGACAUGUAAACAUCUGUGAAAAAGUCCAAAUGUUUUUUCAAUUAUGACCAAUUACUAAAGGCCACUUGCUGGAAGUACUGUUUAUAGGAUUUGAUUUAGCAUACACAUGUUCAAGGAGGAGAAUGAAGAAGAAGAAUGGAAUAAAUAAUGGAACUAGAGAUGUUAGUGUGUAUAUGACCAGUGUGCCCAGUCUGUUGUCUGGCCUGGAACAUUGGCAUGGACAGGGUUACUCCAGAGGAAUUAUGGUCUCUGUUAAACCAAUGAAUUGGAAAUGGUUAAAUUUGACCUCUAGUGUAAUACUACAAAACAUGUCAGUAAAUCAGUUU